AUGUCGGAGUACCAGAUAUGCAGUGUGUACUUCUCGAGGAAGAAUAAAUUGUUGCUGCUGAUAUGUGUGUUUUUCUUUUCCUGCUCCACACAUAUUUUUAAAAAUGUGUUUCCCUUUUUGUUUAUGCUGACUGGGGUGCGCAACGAGAUCGACAUUGACAAUGUGGUUCAUCAAGGGGGGAAUUACCCCCCAAGGGAAAGUCAAGUCGGGGGUGCAACAAAAGGGGAAGGGGUGAAGAUUAAUCUGUUUGAAGCGUCCGCAGCAUUUCCAUUCGUUAAUAAACCUCCUGGGGGGAGCGCUGUGCCCCCAUCAAUGACUGUCUCGCAGGAAGCCAUGCAGCAGAACCCCACCCACAUGGAAACGAAUGCCACCUACGUGGAAACGAACCCCACCUACGUGGAAACGAAUGCCACCUAUGCGGAAACGAAUGCCACCUACGCGGAAACGAAGGACCGAAACAGCCAGUCGAUUUACCUGUACAGUAACAUCCUGUCGCUGAUUUAUUGCAGCUCCUUAGUGACUUACAUUUUCAUUUUAAUUUUUGACCUGGGGAAAAAGAACUACGUUGUGAACAGCUUCUACAUCGUGAACUUGGUUUCUCACUUUAUCAUUUUCCUCCUGCUGAGUGAUAUUCAAAUGAGGAAUACGGAUUUGCAUGUAGUGACGAGCGGGGUAGACACGAGCUGGGUAGACACGAGCAUGUCCAGGCGUGCGAUGUCCCCAGUUGCGGGGUUAUCACUGGGGAGCUACUCAAACCAGAAGAGAACAAUUUCGUCAAAUGAUGUGUUCGCAAAAAGGAGGGAUUUAAAUUUUUAUUUUAAGAAGAACCUACAGGAAAGGCUCAACUCGUGGGAGUUCCUCAGCGUGGGGCUGCUCCACAAAAGCGCAGUGGAAUGUGUCCUUAUGAAUGGACCCACGGGGGGCAGUGAAGCGGGGAACGCGGAAGGGGGAAACGGCCAAGGGGGGAAAGACAAACAGAGUAGCGACCGAGAUGCAGCCUACACAUACGAAAGGAAGUACCUCAAGUUUCUUUACCUAUUCAUUAUCAUCAGCUCCAUAUGCAGUGGAUACAUAAAAAUAUACCAAAAGAGAAUCAUGUAUUGCAUUUUUUACGUGAACAUAGGAGUUAUCACAUCUCUUCUAAUCUUAAUGAACAGCCUGUUUAAGCUUUUCGCUCACUCUCUCAACUACGUAGUUACAAGCAACAACUCUAACACAGACAUCAGCGAUUAUAUAAUUCUUUUCCUGGUGAUCGACAUGUUUGGUUUGUUAAUGAUUUUGGUUUUUACGUACAAAUGGUUUUAUCAGCAAAAUCUGUGGACGAACAUGCAUAAAAUUUUUUACAAUUACAAAUAUGUUUGCUUUUAUCACAAGGAAACUUAUUAUCUUUACUCGGUCGAUAAGAAUAUUGACAAUAUUUUGGUUCAUAUUGAUAUGUGUAAAGAUGAAAAUGUGAAGAUCAGCUUUUGUGCUUAUAUGAAUUUGAAGAAAUCAAUUUUUUAUGAUUAUUUUCGCCUGAACACGUUCAGAAAAAACAAACUUCGAAUUUUGGAAAUUGCGGAUAAAAAUCUCGAAGUGAAAAGUACCUACAAGGUGAUGGACAAUUCCCAUGGCGAAACAGACAUGACACCGAGGGGGGUGUAUGGAGAACGCGGUCAACGUGGGCAUUUGGGCCAACGGGGAGAACUUGGUGAUCAACUUUGCUCUCCAUCCUUUAGCAGGAAGCAAAACCACAGCUACACCAUGAAGCCGUACAAAAUAUGUAUAGAGUCGCUGGGCAGUCUGGCCAAUUCAGGCCCCAGGGGGGACAACGACCUGUGUGAGGGUACAACUGACGCUAACCAGUUGGCGGCUAGUCAGUUGGCCGCCAGUCAGACCGAUGAGGAAGAUCAGGGCCAGCUACACACGAACGACGCUGGUGGGCACGUGGGAAGCGUGCAAACAGAAGAGAGGAGAGGGGGAAUUCCCAACUGCGUAAAGAAGCAAAGGAGGAGGUUGGCCAAGGGGGACUCUGUGCACUUUGUGGACCCACCAUACGGGGAAGCGGCCUAUGCGGACGCAGAAGAACACAGCCACCUACCCCAUCACCAGUAUACCAAGGAUCGAGCCCACGAGGGGGGGGAAAUGAACAUAGCGACGGAUGAAGACCUUGUGGACAGUGAGAAAUUCUGCUGGGAAGAAGAAAAUGCAGACCCCCAGGAGAGUGAAGAACAAAGCAGGAACGUUUUGUUAAUCCCUAACUACGAUGACGAUUGUAACAGAAGUGUUGACUACUAUGACGACUGGGACUUGCCGGAGGAGAUGGACGAGGCGGGAUCUUGUUUCCUGAGUAGAGUAGAUGAAAGGAAUGGCAGAGUGAAAAAUAAAAUUUUGAGUAUUUAUAAAGGGAUACAAAAAUUCAGCUCCUCUUUCACAUUUUAUUUUUUCUUCUUCAUUUUUAUUUACGCUUUUUUGUUGUCUAUUAUGCACAUUUUUAUUAACUACUUUUUUUACAUUUACCUGUUUGUCUUUAACAUUAAUAUUUAUGUGUCGAAUGUAUACACCAUCAUCAUGACAUUCGUGUCGCUUAUCGCCAUUCCUUUUUCUGGCUACAUCGUGGAUAACAUAGGAUCUUUUUUGUCCCUCCUGCUGUGCUCGUCGUCCUUCAUCUUGGUAGCCAUAUCGGGGUCCAUAUACUGCUACAAGUUUAACCUGAAUUCGGAAGCCCUGGCCUUUCUCUUCUUCAACCUCAUAGGCAUCAGCGAGUCUAUCAUCCCAACGGUUAUCAUUUCUCAGAUCCCUACUCAUUUGUGCGUGAAGAAUAAUGAAGAUAUAACUUCAGCCUUUGCCUUUUUCGAGUUGGUUACGAUGAUAAUAAUAAGUUUGAAUAAUUACGUUUUUGGUUGUUUUUUGAUUAAAGAAGAGUACCUAAAGGGUCUGUAUGUACUUUUUUUUUUCGUCAUCCUGGUGAUCAGCCUUAUCCUUUCUUUAAUUGUCACCAUUUAUCUCAAGAAGAAGCGGAACGCGCGCGCAUACAAAAGCCCACGGAAUGCCGACCUCGCGCAGCCUCUCCUGUGA